AUGGCCUACAACGAUAUUGACCUUUCGUCCACGUUCGUACAUGCAGGCUGGGAGAUCAAGUACGCCCUCCUCAGCCCUCACCCCGAGCCAUCGAAGGUCGAGCAAACAGUCGUCUUCGUACACGGCACUCCAUGGUCAUCCGAUGUCUUUCACCCAAUUGCCAAAGCACUCCUAGCAAGGAGACCCUACGACAUCCUCCUCUACGACUGCCCCGGCUACGGGACCUCACAGACCCUCCAACCCGGCAACCAUCCCAAAACCCACGGUGGCAAAUUCUCCGGCGACACUUCCAUCAAAGCCCAAGGCGCAGCCCUAUCAGCACUCCUAACCCACCUCAAACUCGACGGCAAAGGCGAGAAUAUCAAGCCCUCAGUCAUUGCCCACGAUAUAGCCGGCACAAUCGCCCUCCGCACGCAUCUAAUCCACGGCUGCCAAUACCGCAGUCUCAUGCUCUGGGACACGAACGUCGUACUACCAUGGGGCGACGGUUUCUACAAGCACUGCAGAGCCGAACCGGACCUCUUCCUCCAACUCCCGUCGAAGAUCUUCGAGGGCGUGGUUCGUGCAGUCAUUCAGAGCGCGACGUACAAUCCCAACGUCCUGAAACGUGGUUGGGAGGACAUCCUAGCUGCAUACUGGAUCGGAUCUGAGACGAGCCAAAAGGCUUUCGUGCAGCACAUUGCGCAAGCUAAUGAUGAUGAUGUGGCGGAGAUGUUGGAUGGGAAUCUUUAUGAGAAAGUAGCAUGUCCUGUCAAGAUCCUAUGGGGAGAGGAUGAUAAAUGGAUUCCACGGGAGAAGAUGGAGAGGUUGGCGGAGAUGGUCAAGCAUGUGUUGAAGGAGUUUGUGACGGUGCCUGAGGCGGGACAUUUGUUGAUGUUGGAUCAGCCGGAGAGGGUGGCGAUUGAGGUUUAUGAUUGGUUGAGUUCGGAGUGA